UUUAUUUUAUAGCAAAGUUCUGUCAUUUUUACGGCACAAAUCUCAUUAACAGUCAGUCAAAAAUACAUGAGAUGUGUAAAACAGUGUUAAUGAUUUUUUCUCUCUUUUAACCAGAAUUAUGAAACACAUCGUGAUAUUUUCUUUGCUGUUCUGUGUGCCAGUGUAUGCAACAUACACCCCCCAAAAUGUGGCUUUACGUGGCAAAGCAACUCAGUCCUGGCGUUACCGUGGAGAUAGGGAUGUUUUUGGAGCUGCAUACAAUGUGAUAGAUGGAAACCGAGAAUCUAAAUUUGAUGCGGGAUCAUGUAGCCACACUAAAGUAGGAACCAGCCCCUGGUGGAGAGUGGACCUGCUAGAUUCCUACAUUAUCACCUCAAUCAUAAUAACCAACAGAGGAGACUGCUGUGAAGAGAGAAUUAAUGGGGCAGAGGUUCAUGUUGGAAACUCUGCACAAUAUGAUGAUGUUAAAAGCGGACGGGUUGCAACAAUUUCUUCAAUUCCUUCUGGGGUUUCACACGUCAUAACUUUGACUGAGCGUGUGGAGGGACGUUAUGUGACUGUAGUCAUACCUGGUUCAAACAAAAUUUUAACACUGUGUGAAGUGGAAGUCUAUGGUUACCGUGCUCCAACUGGAGAGAACCUGGCACUCCAAGGAAAAGCCACUCAGUCAUCGUUGAGUGGAAAUGGCUUUGCAUUAAAUGCCAUUGAUGGGAAUCGUAACCACUUAUUGGAGCAGGCAUCCUGCACUAGUACAAUCCAAGAAAACAACCCCUGGUGGAGACUGGAUCUGCGCAAAACACACAAAGUGUUUUCUGUUCAGAUAAUCGCCCUACACAAUUAUUCACAUUAUUUUAAUGGAGGCGAGAUCCUCGUUGGAGAGUCUCUUGACAACAAUGGCAACGACAAUCCAAGGUGUGCCAUGAUUGACAGCAUUCCAGAAGAUACUACUGUUGAAUUUAAGUGUAAUGGGAAUAAUGGGAUGGAUGGCCGUUAUGUUAACAUCUUUAUUCCAAAACAAGCUGCGUACGUGUCCCUGUGUGAAGUGGAGGUCUACGGCUCUGUCCUGGAUUAUUGGAUGUGUGAAAUGACCACAAUAUUUAAAAGACAGGUUAUUCUACUGGCUGAGGUUCUAUUACUCAUGUCAUUAAAACAUCUGUACAACAAGGAAGCAGGAAUUAUGAAACACAUCGUGAUAUUUUCUUUGCUGUUCUGUGUGCCAGUGUAUGAAACAUACACCCCCCAAAAUGUGGCUUUACGUGGCAAAGCAACUCAGUCUCAGCUUUUCCAUGGAGAUUGGGAUGCUUUUUCAGUUGCCUACCAUGCGAUCGAUGGAAACCGAGGAUCUGAUUUUAAAGUGGGAUCAUGUAGCCACACUGAGGAGGAAAACAACCCCUGGUGGAGAGUGGACCUGCUAGAUUCCUACAUUAUCACUUCAAUCAUAAUAACCAACAGAGGAGACUGCUGUGAAGAGAGAAUUAACGGGGCAGAGGUUCAUGUUGGAAACUCUGCACAAUAUAAUGAUGUUAAAAGCCGACGGGUUGCAGCAAUUUCUUCAAUUCCUGCUGGGGUUUCACACAUCAUAACUUUGACUGAGCGUGUGGAGGGACGUUAUGUGACUGUAGUCAUACCUGGUUCAAACAGAAUUUUAACACUGUGUGAAGUGGAAGUCUAUGGUUACCGUGCUCCAACUGGAGAGAACCUGGCACUCCAAGGAAAAGCCACUCAGUCAUCAUUAAGUGAAUAUGGCUUUGCAUUGAAUGCCAUUGAUGGGAAUCGUAACAACUUGUGGGAGCAGGCAUCCUGCGCUAGCACACUCCGAGAAAACAACCCCUGGUGGAGACUGGAUCUGCGCAAAACACACAAAGUGUUUUCUGUUAAGAUAACUGUCCUACACGAUUAUUCAGAUUAUUUUACUGGAGGCGAGAUCCUCGUUGGAGAGUCUCUUGACAACAAUGGCAACGGCAAUCCAAGGUGUGCCAUGAUUAACAGCAUCCCAGAAGAUACUACUGUUGAAUUUAAGUGCAAUGGGAAUAAUGGGAUGGAUGGCCGUUAUGUUAACAUCUUUAUUCCAACACAAUCUGUGUACAUGUGUCUGUGUGAAGUGGAGGUCUACGGCUCUGUCCUGGAUUAGAUUACCACUUAUUUUACAAAAAUGCUUCUUGUUUCCUUAAUACUAACCCAAAGACACAAUUCCAAAAGCAGACUUUCAUUCAUGUUGCACAAACUGGUUGUUUUUGUUGUUAAUUAAGAUGAAUAAAAGGCAACAAGCACACCA